GAAACUGUACCGCAUUGAUACUUCUUAGCUACACAGUUGGUGCCCAGUGGAGCAAACUAUAUAAUUCCCGUCCAAAUGCGAUCAUCCCUGAGACUUCUGGCUUCCGUAUCCCGCAGCCAGCCUUCGAAGCUCAGGAAGCCAACCGUUAGCCUUGAUCAUUUCAUCCAAAGGCAACGAGUCAUUUCUCUAUGGCGUGAGAUUGUGCGAGCGCUCAAUAAAAUACCCAGCUCGUCCACCAAGGAUGAACUGCACAGAUAUGCUCGUGGGGAGUUUGAGCGUAAUAGAAACGUUACAGAUUUGCAACAUAUACGAUAUCUCAUCUCGACCGGAAAGUCCGAGUUCGAUAUGAUGAGGCGGUAUAUUGACGAGCAGGUUGUCGGCUAA